UUCACGUUGUCAAACUGAGGUCAACCCAAGUUCAGUUUUUCUCAAUUUUCUCCAGGUUUAGGUGGUUUCAAGUUUUGUGAUCCGGUCAGUUCUGUAAGGAUAACUAAAUUAAGAGUAAAAUAGCCAGACACUUGAUACAAACCAUGGCUGCUAAAUAUCGUAUUGUUAUGGUCCGCCACGGCGAAUCUGAGUGGAACCAGAAGAACCUGUUUUGCGGUUGGUUCGAUGCCAAUCUUAGUGAUAAGGGUAAGGAUGAAGCAUUGGCUGCAGGAAAAGCGGUGAAGGAAGCUGGAUUGAAAUUCGACGUUGCUCACACUUCUCUUCUGACGCGCGCUCAGGUCACCUUGAAUUCCAUUCUGACCGAAUCUGGCCAAACCGGAAUACCGAUUGAGAAAACCUGGCGCCUCAAUGAGCGCCACUAUGGUGGUCUAACUGGCCUGAACAAAUCUGAAACUGCCGCAAAGUAUGGAGAAGAUCAAGUGCUGAUCUGGCGCCGAAGCUUCGACGUUCCACCACCGAACAUGGAACCGGAUCAUGCUUAUUAUGAUGCUAUUGUAAAGGACGAACGCUACAAGGGUGACCCAAAACCCGAAGAAUUUCCCAUGGCUGAAUCGCUGAAGCUCACCAUUGCGCGUACGCUGCCAUACUGGAACGACGUUAUCAUUCCGCAACUCAAGGCCGGUAAGAAUAUCAUCAUUGCUGCCCACGGAAACAGUCUACGUGGUAUUGUCAAGCAUCUGGAUGAGCUGACUGAUGAGGCCAUCAUGGGACUGAAUCUGCCAACCGGUAUUCCGUUCGUGUAUGAAUUGGAUGAAAAUCUCAAGCCGGUGGUUUCCAUGAAGUUCCUCGGCGAUGAGGAAACCGUACGUAAAGCCAUCGAGUCCGUUGCUAACCAGGGUAAGGCUAAGUAAGUCAGUUUGGCGGUAAACUAAAGUCAUUAGAUCAAUAUUAUAUAUUAAGCGGAAAUUGAUUGAUCAUUCAAACAGUAUCCAAUGAUAAGAAACUCAUAAACACUGUACUGUUAAGAAAAAAUAAUGAAUGAAACAUGCAAUGACAAGGCAUUGAAUAAAUACGCGUUCAUCAAAUUUAAAAUCAA